AUGAACUCUUCCAGCAAAAUACCUCAUGAUAUAAUAUUUGAAAUAUUCUCAUGGCUUCCUGUAAAGUCGUUAUUGCGUUUAAAGUGUGUUUCCACAUUGUGUAAAUCAAUUGUAUCGGAAUCAGAUUUUUUGGAUAUCCAUAGAUGUCGUUCUACUGGGACAAAAUUCCUUCUGAAAGAUGAAGAAGUUUAUUUCACCGCGGAGGAAAAGAAAGAUGGUAAAGAAUCUGCCUCCCUUCUUCAAGUUGAUAAAUUUAAUAAUAUCUACAAUCGUAUCCCUACAAAUUCUCAUUUCAGUUCAUGCGUUAAUGGUUUAUUUUGUUAUUGGAGAUCAUCAUCUCUACUGAUUUUCAAUCCCAGCACAAAAGAAGUAAGAUUUCUGCCCCAUUCAAAUAAACAUAUUCUUUGGUGUAACUACUCGUUAGGUUUUGAGCCAAAAGAAAACAAGUACAAAGUUGUCUCAGCAGAAUAUCAUGCUCAAGAUGGAUACAUAAAGUACUGGAUUUUCACUUUAGGCAUAGACAAAUCAUGGAGAGAGAGUCAAAGAAUUUUCUCUUGUGUUCCGUCUACUAGUCCUAGUGUUUGCAUUAGUGGAGUUAUCUAUCAGUUCAUCUACGAGUCUGUUAUAAAUGGUUACAAAUCUGCUAUUGUUGCAUUUGAUGUUAAAUCUGAAAAUUAUGAAAUCAUUGCAUUGUGGGAAGCAUUCAGGAUGCACUGUCACGAGCUGAUAGAGGUGAAUGGUAAAUUAGCAGCCAUAGAUUAUGAUUAUGAAAGCAGGCAAAGUGGAUAUUUGGACAUGUGGAUUUUAGAGCAGACUCCAAGAAAACGAUGGGAGAGACAUAUCAUUCGUUUUCCCUUGAUAUGGAUUGAUAAAAAACCUAUAGUUAUAUCAUCCUGCACUCCUAAUAAUGGGGAAAUUUUAAUAGAGGUGAAGGAUAAAUUAGGGAUCACCGGUUGCAGAAAAUGGGUAAGUGGGUACUUUGAUUUAUGGAUUUUAGAGAAGACUCCAACAGGCGUUCCCUCAAUAUGGAACAAUACAGAGCCUAAAUCUGCAUCAUUCUUCAUGGCCCGUGAUGAUGAGAUUGUAUUCGUUGUCAACUUAAAGUCAGAGAACUGCAGACCUACAGAUAUUCUUGGAGUGGGUUGGAUAAGUGAGAGUGGAAGUUUGCCAGUGAAAUCUGACACUGAACUUGUUAAAGCUCUGAAUACACAUGGAAUUCAGGGUCAUCAUAGGGAGUGGAUUAGAAUAACAGAAGAAAAGUAUAAUUCGGGAAACCUUCUGCUAGUCCAAGAUCGUUAUCUAAGAUCGGAAGAUUCAACCGAGUUGAGGAAGCUACAAGGGAGAAAGAGUAUUUUGGAUUUAAAAAACUUUGUUAUAGAAGAAGAUAAUUUGGUUUGGAUUGAUUACAAAUGA